GCAACAGCCUCAUAAGGUCAUGCAUGGUUGCGAUCGAUCGCUCUCACACACCUCUGUAAUUCUCUCUCAUCAGAUAUGGAGGCAACGGUGAGCUCAGUUCUUCUCUCUCUUGCUUUGGCUACUUUACUAACGUGUGCAUGGAAGGCAGUUAACUGGGUCUGGCUGAGGCCAAGGCAGCUAGAGAGGUGCCUGAGAGAUCAAGGUUUCAAGGGAAAUCCUUACAGGUUCUUGUAUGGAGACUACAAAGAGUUCGCCUCAGCGAUCAAAGAAGCAAGAUCCAAACCUCCCAUGGAGUCUAACGACAAUGAUAUCGUGCCACGUGUCAUACCGUUCCACCAAUAUUUUGUCAAUCUUCACGGCACAAAUUAUUUUGCAUGGUUGGGGCCAAAACCAAGACUAAACAUCAUGGAUCCUAAACUGAUAAAGGAGAUCUUGUCAAACAUUGACGUCUUUCGAAAGCCAGCGAUGAAUCCACUUGGCAAAUUAUUAUUGACAGGAGUUGUAGUUCAUGAGGGUGAGAAAUGGGCUACGAGCAGAAGCCUAAUUAACCCAGCCUUCCACCUAGAAAAGCUAAAGCUUAUGGUGCCAGCAAUGAACUCAAGCUGUUGUGAGAUGAUAAGCAAAUGGGAAGUCUUGGUCUCAACAAAAGGGUCAUGUGAGCUAGACGUAUGGCCUGAUCUUUGUAACUUGACAGCGGAUGUGAUUUCUCGGACAGCGUUUGGCAGUGACUAUGACGAAGGAAAACAGAUAUUCCAACUCCAAAAAGAACUAACCGAUACUGUGAUGCCACAUUUGCGGUCAAUUUACAUUCCUGGAUGGAGGUUUCUACCAACAAAGGCAAACAGGAGGAUGAAGAAACUAUAUAAUGAAGUGGGAGCUUUAGUGAGGAACAUUGUCGACAAAAGACAGCGAACGACGAAUGGAGAAGAAGGAGAUAACAACUUGUUAGGAAUACUAUUAAAAUCAAGCUUGGAAACUACAGAUCAAGAACAAGGACACAAGAACAUCAAGCUGACAGUUGACGAUAUAAUUGAGGAGUGCAGGCUAUUUUAUCUUGCCGGGCAAGAAACAACCUCGGCUUUGCUUGUUUGGACAAUGGUCCUGUUGAGUAACCACCAAAAGUGGCAAGCCCUAGCUAGAGAAGAGGUAUUGGAAGUGUUUGGGGAUAGCGAACCGUAUUUUGAUGGGUUACAUCAGCUCAAAACUGUAACCAUGAUUCUUAACGAAGUUAUGAGGUUAUAUUCACCAGCUGCCCUUUUUGUUCGUAACAUACAUAAAAACACAAAGCUUGGAGGAUUUGUUCUACCAGCUGGAACGGAGAUUAUGGUGCCGAUUAUCGCGAUUCAGCAUGAUCCUGAAGCAUGGGGGGAAGAUUCGAAGUACUUCAAGCCAGAGAGGUUUUCUGAAGGAAUUGCAAAGGCGACGGAUGGCCAAGGCACGUUCUUCCCAUUCGGUGGGGGUCGCAGAAUAUGCAUCGGGGCAAACUAUGCACUCGUGGAAGCGAAGAUAGCGUUGGCAAUGAUUUUAAAACGCUUCUACUUCGAGCUUUCUCCUUCCUAUGUGCACUCCCCUUCACUUUUGUUAACGGUCCAACCCCAACAUGGUGCCCAUUUGAUCUUGCAAAAGAUUUUCUAGAAUCCCAACAUUCACGAUGGCAUUAUGUUGGCGUUAUUUUUGCUGUUACUGUACACAUUUUUUUAGGAGUAGCUUUUGUUUAGAAUGGAUAACUUUCUGGAUUCACAUAGAAUUAAGAAUUGGAAAAGUAAAAAAAUAUGGACCAAACUUUUCUGUGGUUCUUU